GGCCCGAAAAUUGUUGAACCGCCGAAGAGUUUCGCGGAUGAGGCGAUUCCCACGCCAAAUACAGAACCGAAGACGGAGUCGACCUUCGAGAAGAACGCGGAGAAGAAACCCUCGGGCACGAACCAAGUUUCGGCGCCUGUGGACGCCGCCAAAGAAGGUGUUAGCAUCCGAGACAAGGUGAAGAUGCUGGCAUCCCGACCAUCUGGUGACGCGGAGAACACGAAAGACGCUGUCCCAGUCUUGAGAUCGCGUCCAGUCAGCUUCAUCAAGCCGAGUGUACCGGAAGAAGCUUCGGGGCAGCCAUCUUGGAUGAAGAGAGCGUCUUAUAUCGCGUCAUCUUACGCCAAAGCCGUUCAGUCAGUGCCAGCAGUUGUCGUCACCACCACCGCAGCAACAGUAGCAGCACCACCACCGCCUAAAUUUGUUUCUCCACCGCCUAAAGUUGUUUCUCCGCCGCCUAAAGUUAUUUCUCCACCGCCGAAGGUGGUGACGCCUACGCCUCCACCGCCAAAGGUGGCGACGCCUACUCCACCGCCGCCGCCGGCGUUCUACAAGCCCAAGCCCUUCAGGCCGCCGGUUCAAAAGCUACAACAGCAACAACUACCCCCGGCGCCGGCAAAGCCGAGUUUGCAAGAGGAAAUAUUGAACGAAUUUAUGGUCAAGUCGAAGGAGAUGAAGCAGAGGAAUGGGUGGACGCCGACUGAGGUGACAUCUGUGAAGCCGCCGGUUGUGGUUGCUGUGAUGGAAAAGCAGGAUGUGGCGUCAUCUGCUCCUGCACCACCACCACCGCCACCAACAGCACCAGCUUCGUGGAAACAGCAAGACACAACUAAUGUUUACGUGACGCGAACUGGGAAGAAGAUCGUGCCGGCAAGAAAUGUUCCAGUGCAGGCGGAUCCGAGGAACGAUUUGUUGUCUGCCAUCAGAACUCAUGGCGGUAGAGGCAAUCUGAAGAAAGUGAGUGAUCCUGAGUACUUAAUCAGCUAUGCUCAACAAACGAGUCUCACUACCGAGUUUUCUUCGCGAACGGAAGGUUUCUCAAGUUUGGCAUGUACUUUACCUUGA